AUGGAUGUUAAACUGGCAAAUAACCUAUCUAAACUUGAGAAAAUGUUUGGAUUCCGAAUGUGUGAAUACGAAAAGAAGCUGCAAAAAGUCAACAAUGAAGGCAAUUUCACAUACAGAUUUAUCAUCACUACACGUGAGUUUGCUGAAUUUAAAUCUUUUGUUUGGCAAUCCCUUUCAGCAAUGAAAGCUCAAAUCCAAUUACUCUGCCAUGAAACGGCUAUGAGAAGGAAAGUGCUUUUAUUUCAUGGGCUGCCCGAAAAACAAAAUGAGAACCUUAUCGAUGUAGUGUAUGAACUAAUAUCCAGCCAAUUGCGGUUGCCUGAGGUGAAUAAAGAUUGCUUAAAGAAUGCGCCACAAACGGAAAUAAUGGCUUGUCCAAAAAAAUCUUCGACAAAUAGUGCUAAUGUUCCUAAGAAAACGCGCCGACGUUAA